GCUGAGACACGCUCACCCGAGUGCAUGGUCGGCUCCGUGCUCCCUCCCUCCCUCCCUCUCUCUCUCUCUGUGCCUCCCUCCCACCCCGAGUCUGUGUGCGAGUGAGCGCACCUCCAGCCCCUCUCCUCUGUCAAACAGGCUCGUUGCACUUCAUAUCGGCUGCCUACACCAGGCAUGGCAGAAGGCUGUCCCGCACUAUGGCCGUACGACAUUACACCCUCGACUUCUGCCUCUCCGCGCCAGGUGACUGCGCCACCAUCCCCGAGGGACUGCAGUCAGUUUUUCAAGAGCAGGAAAUGACAGGAACCGUUCAUAACACUGAGGGCCGUGGCUACCUGGCCACAUUCAUUGGAAAAAAUGGCAGGUUCGCCGUGCUUCGAGUUCACCCCCAUGGCCUCGUGACCGUGGACCUGCAGAGCUGCGAAGGAGAGGACCAGAGCCAAGUGAACGAUCUACUGAAUGCACUAGAAGAAAAAAUGAAAGUUCUUUUGCACAGCAAUAUAAAGAGGACUAAAAGGCUGCCGGCCCUGCUCAGGGGGGCGGGGGUCGACCGCUACUGGCCCACGGCGGACGGGCGGCUGGUGGAGUACGACAUCGACCAGGUGGUCUACGAGCGAGACUCGCCGUACCAGAACAUCAAGAUCCUGCACUCCGAGCAGUUCGGCAACAUCCUCAUCCUGAACGGAGAUGUCAAUCUGGCGGAGAGCGACCUGCCCUACACCAGGGCCAUCAUGGGCAGUGGGAAGGAGGACUACUCGGGCAAGGAGGUCCUGAUCCUUGGAGGGGGCGACGGUGGGAUCUUGUGUGAGGCUGUCAAACUGAAACCAAAGAUGGUCACCAUGGUGGAGAUUGACCAGAUGGUGAUCGACGGCUGCAGGCAGCACCUGCGGGGGACGUGUGGGGACGUGCUGGACAGGCUGAAGGGAGACUGUUACGAGGUGUUAGUGGAGGACUGUGUUCCCGUGCUGAAGAAGUUUGCUGAAGAAGGGAAGAUGUUUGAUUAUGUUAUUAAUGACCUGACAGCAGUACCCAUCUCCACAGCUCCAGAGGAAGAUUCCAUGUGGGAGUUCUUGCGGCUGAUCCUAGACCUUUCUAUCAAGGUCCUGCAACCCAGCGGGAAGUAUUUUACACAGGGAAACUGUGCGAAUCUGACGGAGGCCCUCUCCCUCUACGAGGAGCAGCUCGGCCGGCUCUGUUGCCCUGUGGAGUUUUCCAAGGAAGUAGUUUGUGUUCCAUCGUACAUGGAAUUGUGGGUGUUCUACACCGUGUGGAAGAAGUAACUCCAGUUCCCAACUCCAGAGCGCCUCCUGCAGGAAGAACACUGAGGGGAAGCAGGCCUGAAGCCUGAAUUCCAGGCGUCCCUUACACUGUAAAGAGACUCAGAAAUCCAGUUUGCUGUUUUUUUUCUGUUGUAUGUCUACAUUACUAUAAUAAUUACUGUUAUUCCUGGUUUUUUUUUUGUUUUUUAAAAGUCAGGAUUGAAAGGUGAAUGUUUUUUUUUUUUCCCGGACGGGAUGGUUAGUAUUUCUGUGAGAUUCUGAAGUCGCAGGUGAUUGGUGAGUGGAGCCAGAAAGCUGCUGAUUGCACUGAAACAGAAUGUGACCAGGCUCUGCAAUUCCAACAGCCUCUUUAAAAAGUUCUUCCGAUGGUUUUCUUCA